AUGGUCUUAAACGUAUGUUUUGCGCUCCUUGAGAUUUUUUUCACCUGCAUGUUAAUUUUCUGUUUUAUUUCCGUGGUAACAGUUGUAUACAAGCAAACUCGCUCAUCAGCCAUCUUGGCAAAACAGUUACGUUUCAACCACAGCGGUUUGACAAUCAACACACAUGAUAAAUCCGCAGUUGUGAUGUUGGCAAUUGUCGUAGGCUUCGCUCUAGUUUGUUUCGCAGUUUACUUUCGCUGUACCCUUCUCAUGUUUUUGGGAAAGAACUCUUCGUGUCCAAGUGACGUGAAAUAUAAAAUACCUAUGUUAGUUCUAAACUCUGCAAUUAACCCCUUGGCAUAUGCUUUCUUCAAGCGUGACAUUAAAAGGGCACUACAAGGAAAAUAG